AAGUUGAAUGUUAUAGUAUUUUAAUUUUCAGAAAAUCAGUAUUCUUUUAAUAUAUACUAUUGUGAAAUGCAAGAUACGAUAGCAGGUCGUUCAAGAAUCGGGAUAGAGUUCAAGACUUUAGUACUUAGUAAUCCUUGAUAAGGCGCCUGAAAUUUGAAAUCGGGGAAAUAUUUAUUCAUUUCAAUGAACAAGUAUUGAACAUAAGAAAUCCUUUUAAAAUGUCAAUUUAAGCUAUCUUCCUGUUGUGUAAUUUUGAUUGAUCAUUGAAUUGUCAGAGAGGUAUGUAUGCCCAGACUUUCUUUAUUCUGAAAACUUAACAACUCCUUUUUUAUAAGUAUUCUGAGAUAUAAGGUAAUUUCAACACAGAGAGAUAUCUAUGUAAUAUAUAUAUAUAUAAUCAUCAAGGUGUGAUGAAGUGACAGAACGAGUCGGAUGUCCUUUUUUCUUUCUGACAGUAGAUAAAUUAUUUCCUCUGGAUAAAGAAAACCUUUCUAACCACAGGUGUCGGGUUUACACCUCAUCAAGUUAGGGAGAUUUUUUGUUGUUGCUUGGACUAGGUUUUUAGAGGUGAUCAGUUUCAGAUAAUUGUGCAUUUCUCACUGCUGUGCUAAACAUCUCUAUCCAUAUUGAAUCAUAAAGGAUGAAUACUGGGAUGUGUUUCCGUAUUUAGCUCCAUCAGGUGUGAGCUGCCGGGUGUAAAUUGUGCGUGAAGUUUACCAUAUGAACUUUGUGAAAUAACACCUUACAGGUGUUGUCGUGAAUGUAAUAAAGGGUUUUGCAGUAUUUAUCACCUGAACAGUUGGUUUACAAAGCAUUAUUAUGUUGUAAUACUUGUGAUUAAGUGCAUGAAUGGAUUUCAUGCCAAAUUACGUGUAAACCAAAUUAUUUUGAAGAUUAGUUUCCUUUAAUUGUGUGGUUUGUUUAUGGAUCACUGAGCAGGCAUAUAUCUAUUAGACGUAUAGUGUAUCAGCAAGCUUCUGGAGCUUUUUUUUUUAAAAUUAUCACAAAUAGGUAUUAAACAAACUGCAUACAGGAUAAUUUCAUAGAUGCAAUUUCUCUGAAUGAAAUAUAUAUACUGUGAAACAUUCUGGCUUUCCCGUUAGUGCAACUGCAUGAAUUGUGUCCGUUAAAUGUACAGGGAUUUACCCGGGUUGUAUAUUCAGUAUACCCUGAUAGAACAUGAAUAACACUUUUAUUUCCUACAUGUAUGUAACCAAAUGAUAUUACAUGUAAUUACACGCAGUCUUCGAAAUUAGCCGGUAGUCCGAUGCCCGAGGCGUGUAAAAUAACAGUUGGGCGUGUAAAACGUUGAACUUCAAGCGCCCGUCGGGCCUGUGGAAAAUAAAUACCCCUCUUUUCAAAAUCAUAUUAUUUUAUUCGAAAUCAUUAUUGUAAAAAUACGUGUCUCACUCUGUGAAAUCAAGUCAUUAUGUUACGUAAUAAAAACAUGAACUGAUCCCGAAGAAACAGUCCCGACCUAAAUUACGCACUUCCGAUUACAGGGAACCAGAUGUAAUGUCAAAGUCGUAUACGCGUUUGUUCCUAUGCCGUUUCCAAACGGAAAAACAAGAUGAAAAUAUUAACAGAUUGUCAAUGACAAACCGAUAGUAUGAAAACUUCCCUGUAACAUGAACUUCUUGAAAUAUGUCGAGGGUGCCAAACCGGGGAAAAGACAAAAAACGACCCCAACGUCAGAAGAGAAGAAAAACUCUAAACAGAACUAUGAACUGAAAAGGGAAAGAAAAUUUCAAAAGCAAUGGUUGAUAAAUCGUAAAAUUGAUCAAAAAAUGUCUUUUUUUCCCUUGCACUAGUAUGAUUGACAUGAUAACAAACAUUUAGUACAGCAUGAAGUUUUUAAUGUGGUUUUCAAAUCAAGAUAAGUUUUUUAAUAUGACUUCCAAAUUCGGGCCUGUAGAAUUGAUGGUGGGCCUGUAAAUUUUCCAACUUGCAGGCCCACUGGGCCUGUAAGUUAAAAAGUUAAGUGUGAAGACUGACACGUGUUUAAAAUAAUGAAAAAGAAGUCUUAGGCCUUAUUAAUUUAUUUUGUUUGAAUAAUAUCUAGCAUACUAAUAUUCUUAGGUUUGUAAUGAAAAUACUUAAAAAUAGUUUGAAAUUGUUCAAGUAUUUACAUGUACAACACGUCUUAUUCUUUACAUGUAGAUAAACAUUGCAUUGUGAUAUCACUUAUUUACCUCUGGCUUCAGCAGAGUGUACAGAAACUUACACCCAGCUUGUUAACCAAUCAGAACUCAUCUUACAAGUUUGAUAGGAAUAGCUACUUUUACACAGGUUAUAGAUAUGAAUAUUCUCAUCUCUGAUGAGCAUUUGGUUAUUACUUCAUUGUUGUACUGGAGUAGUUUUACAUUUAAAAAUUAAAGUUUUUCUAAUCAUUGAGCAUUGCGGUUUGUUAACCACUUGUUUUUCUAUUCUGGUAAGCUGCGUGGUUUGUAGGCCUCUUGUUUUUCUGAUCUGGUGAGCAGUGUAGUUUGCAGGCCUCUUGUUUUUCUGAUCUUGUGAGCAGUGUAGUUUUUAAGCCUCUUGUUUUUCUGAGCGGUGUAGUUUGUAGGCCAUUUGUUUUUCUGAUCUGGUGAGUGGUGUAGUUUGUAGGCCUCCAGCUUGUGUGGUACUUACAUUUCUACAAGGGAGAGAAGAGAUAACAGGUAUCUGAAAUUUUAGCUUGUAAUCUCUAUAAUUUAUUUUGAUAUUCAGAGCUUCUGUUGUAAUUUGAGGAAGUAGAAGAUUGAUCUGAAAGCCGAUAAGAACAUUCUAAAGAUUGUUUCUAGGGUGGUAAGGAAAUUCAUGUGGAUAACUUGAAAUGUAACAACUAAGGAAAUAAAGACAGGUCAGCAUUGCCUUGGAAUAGUUUUACAACAACAAAAAUAUGUACAGCAUAUUUAAAUACAGAAAAUAUACAAGUUUCUAUUUCAUUGAAAAUGAAACAUCGAGGCACAGCUGUUGUUGAAAUUAUAGAUACUUGAUUGAAUAAAUAUUGGUACUUGGGGGACGGUAUAUUUUACCCGUGGAUAUAUUGAAAUCGGAAUUGAAAUAAUCAAUCACAAUUAAAAGGUUUAUUUGACUCAUCGCCCCUUAUGAUCUAUGUCAAACUUUUGCAAAAGGAGUCAGCUUAUUACAUUUUUGUUGAGGUCUAUCUGAUCAUUUUUGUGCUUACAAUACACAGUUGCUUGUGUCUUAAUAUUACAAAGUCAGUUGUACAGUGUGUCUAGAUUUGGACAAUGAUAUAUGAAAUUGAAACAAGAAAGCUUAAUUUUUCUUGUAAUUAAUGAGGGCUAAGUACAUGAAUGUAUGAGAAAUUAAAAGAGAAAUUUGUUUCACAUUUUAUCAAUAAGCUAAGAACGAUGUGUACUCUGAAGUACAAUAAUUUAUUUCUAUGGACCAGGCACUGUGUAAUCAAAGCACAUUGACAACAACUUGGCCCUGAUGAAAACUCUGUCAAUAUAGGGUAAGGAAGCCUUUUUUUACUGGUGGAACUUUAACAACUAUGGUCUAACGCCUAUGUUUAAAUAUUGAAUCAACUCCCAAUACUGGGCAUUUCCUGUUCAAUAAAGACAACUAAUGACCACAUCUAAGUGUUGACAAAUUUGUUCAAGGUAUAAAAAUACUGGUCAAUCCAAAGUUUAUAAUCUCUCACACAAACCAUUCUAGCUUUGAAAAAGAAUUCUCAAGUAAUUUUGUUUUGGGCACACUCCUUUCUAUAGUUUGGUCCAUUUUGGUUAAUUUUAUAGUGACUCUUUUUGAGGGCUAAUUUCACCUGUUUCCUUUGCUGUUGAGAAAAAAUUGCAGCUUUAAUUAAUGAUAAAUUGAAAGUCCACAGCUUCAAUUUGGCUUUUAAUAAGACAUAUUAUUAUAUAAACUGUACUAUAUACCAAUGAGAUGUUUCUCAAGGAUUUAAUAAACUGAACAGACUUCUGUUGACAUAAUGAUAAUGUGUGAAUACCUGUAUAGAGUGCAUAAAAUGUGUAAAUCUUAAGCCAAUUAAUGGCUGUAAUUAGCCCCUGUGAUUCAACCGGAUGUCCACAAGAAGGGCAACAGUUCGUGUCUUUGAUGUGAUUUAUGGAUUCUACAAUGUGCAGGUAAAUGGCCUUCACUUUUCCAGCCCUUAGUAUCAUAGACAUUUAUGAAAACUUCUUUUAAUGUGAAUUCAAUUGAACUAUUAGUGCUUCCAUGUCAUUUAUGUUUAGGUCAUUCCACAGGGGUCUUCAAAGGAACUGGUUUGUCAUAUUCUCAAAAUGCAGGCAGAAAUUAAUUGUAGAGCCAAUGUUGUAUGAAUCAUUCAUAACCACAAUGUUAUUAUUUAAAGGAAGGGAUUAUCUGAUUUCUUAAUAAUAUCACAAUAUACGGGAAGAUUAGUGGUUUGAUUAAUUAUUCACUCUUGUUGGAAUUAUCAAAAGUAAUAGAAUACAAAAGAAAAAACGAUUAGCCAUGGCUCUUUAAUGACAGUCGACAUGAGAAAUGGGAAGUCUGUUACAAUCACUCUCUGUAAGCCUUUUUUCAUUGGCUUUUAUCUUGUAAUGUGUAGUAAGAUUUCCAUGCACAAGGAUGAAUUCGCAUUCAUAAAGGACUUGUGCAAUCAGUGUAUCAAUAAUGGCAAUGGAUGUCUCAGUAAGCUUGAAGUCAUAUUAUUACAGUAUACCUGUCUGCUGGGAGUCGACCAGUUCUUAACAGAUUACAAUCUUUCUGAUCGGAAGCAAGGACAAAGACCUGCUACACUAUGAUUUUCCAUUGAUGCCUUGUUUCAGUGCUGUUGCUUUCGAGACAGUAUGACAGGACAUUAAAAAAAAAAAAUUUUAAAUGAAAAUUGACACAAGAUUGUGAACAGGAAGUAGUGAUUGGUUCUGGAUGCUCUGUGCUCUUUACUUUCACCUGACGUGUAUGGAUUUUUUUGUACAACGGCUGAUGAUUUUUAUUUUUAUUUUUUGGACGUUGGACAUGCAUCAUUUAAACCUUUAGGGUGUGUGGAUAUUUCAUGUGCAUUUUUUUUUUUAACAAAGAGCUUCUCAGAUAUGAAGAAUGGGAAAUAAAGCAACUUCACCAAAAAAGGAUUUUGAUGGAGGUGAAAUUCGGGGAAGAAGUCGCUCUUUCACUGGAAUAACAUCAAAAUUUCGUAAACGGAGCAAAAGUCCACCCCGAGAACGGAGCUCGUCUUUUACAGAUACCAGGCCUAAAAGAGGGAGUUUCAAAUUUUCUAGUCAUAAUGGAGGUGUUUCCUCUCCAAAUGGGUACAUUCCCUCAGGAGGCAACCAAAGUUCUAGUCCUACCAAAAGCAUCUCCAUCAAGUCUGGUGUCCGAUCUCGAGAGGAGGAAAACGAUUCCUCUAGGUUGUUGUCCACCUCGUGUCCAACUCGCUCCAGACAUUUCCCUCCAUUGCUGGACUCCAACUUGCCAUCUGAGAAUAAGCAAAAAGACACCCUGGGCAGGGACACCAUACGCAGGUCUCUGACUCGGAAAGACAGUGAGUCUCCAAGACUUUGUCCAAAACAGAUGAGACAGAUCUCAAAGGACUUGUAUGGUGAGAAAUUAGCAGAUAUAUCAAAGCGGCGGGGACUGGCUGUCCAGAAUCGAGACUUGUCAAUGUCACAAGCUAGUCUAGGUCACAUGUCUUCUAUGUCACAGUCUCUCCAUAGCUUGGGAAAUAUUGGUUUGGAAGAGGAAGAAGAGAAUAUCGGUCCUGUGUAUGGAAAGAUAGUGCUAAGACAAAAUAGGCCAAGACAUCUACAUAUCAAUAGAUACAGUGGUGAUUUUGAUCUUCGAGUGGGAGCUGGGUCUCUAUUGAACUCUGAUAUGUACAAUAGGCAUUGCAAUCUAGUGCAAAAUAAAAGUCCUGCAGAACCGCAACGCAGGGUAUCCCAGCCUGCUAUGUCAUCAUCAGACUCAAAGGUGAAGGUCAACACACAGCGAUCACCAGAGGAGGUAGUGCAAGCAAGGCGAAUGUUGGUUUAUCGGGCUUUGAAAACUGAUGGUGAAGAACUUGGCCAAAAUAGUGCAGAUCGUAAGUCUAUACCUAUACUAGCUGACAGGCGGUUAAACAAAUCUGCUUCAUCCUUAUACAGAUCUCCCUCACCAAACAGUAGCUUAACUUCACCGCACUCAUUAUUAUCACAUAGCAACAGUGCUUUGUCUCCAGGCAACCAUUCUGUGUCACAUAGCAACAGGUCAUCACAUCAUUCAUCAGUUAGUAACAGUGCUUUGUAUCCAUGUAACCGUUCUGUAUCACCUAGCAACAGAUCAUCUCCAACUAAUGCACCUUCAGAACUUUUGAUUAACAACAGUAACUUGCAAAAUGAUUGCAAUAAUUCAAGGAGUAUGGAAAAUGUUGCACCCCAAACACCAGAAAAGAGUUCUGUUCAUGUGACCCCACCCAAGCUCACCCCAAACAAACGAGCACUGCCAAAUAUUGAUGAGUAUAAAAUUCUCAGUUCAAGUGUGCCUUCAAAUCGCGAAUUGUGGGGAUCUUAUGAAAGCCUAACAAUGCGAUCUAGAAAAAAUGAAGAUCUUUCGGAGGAAUCUGGUGGUAGGGAACGCAGUCACAGUGUAUCAUUAAAUUCUAGACAUGAUUACAAAAAUGUCUACAUUUCUCCUUUGGAAUUGGAAGAUCCUGGAUUUCGUAGUCGCAGCAGUAGUUGGAGUGCACGAGCCCCCAGUAUGGGGACCAGUUUUUCACAAGUACCCCCUGUUAAUCGAUUGUGGAGUUAUAGUGUUACAUCAUUGUCCGACAUGGGAUUAGAGCCAGUUGUACCUUCCAAAAAUAGAUACUUUGAAACAAAGCGUGAUGAAUAUUUUGACUCUGACGUCUUGCGUGACCUGAGCAUGGAGGAGCAAAUGGCAGACUGCUGCCCCUUGUGUCACAUGCCCUUUGACAAAGGGAAGAAGCGCCGGUUGAUUGACACCUGUGGACAUGCCAAGUGUUACAGCUGCAUGUUUAACUACGAUAGCUGUCGAAUCUGUGAAAACAAUCCAACUGGAGCCGGCCAUCACCUGAGACAGAGCAGUGACAUUUCUCCGUUUAAUAAUCGGCCACGGAUGAAGACCAAUGGUCAUUUCACUCCUCUGAUGAGAUCUGAGAUUUCCACUCAGACAACACCCAAAUCUCUAUCCCUGUCAAAUAUGUACAACAGUGGGAAACAGGUACCAGAGCCACAAGUCCCAGCAACCAAACCAAGAUUCUUCAAGCCCAUAGCACUGUCCCCAUCAUCAUCCAAUGCACCACAGUUUGUACCUCCACCACAGAAGAGUUACAAUGACCCCAGGGGCCACAGUAGAGAAUCUACCAUUGAUUCUCCGGAGCUUGGUUUUUCUGGGGACCCUAGUCUGACUCCUAAUGAUGACCUUGAUGAGUUGUCUAAGCUUGACAGAGAAGGACCAGCCCUAGAUGGGACUGAUCAAUUAGAUCCCCCUCCUCCGUCUCCUGAUGUUGCACAGAAUGACCUGUUGGUGAGGCUGGGGUUGUUACUCUCCGAUAAAGGGCGAGCCGGUGAACCAAGUCAUGUGACACCAAUGAGACAGGGUAACCAAGGAAACCAGACAGAGGAAACAUUUACCAGUGUGUCAUCAAUGGGCAGUAAUGAGGCUACCCCAGAGAGGGGAAUCGCUACACCCGACCGGGGAAUAUCCGACACCAGCCCCUUGUCAACCCUCACUGCUUCCUCUGGCAGUGAGAGGGGCCAUUACACUGGAAUCAGAAUGGGAACUGAGUCCCUGUAUACAAGCAGGGACCCCAGUGCUGAGAGCAUGAAUUCCUUCAUGUCUACAAGUACUGGGAACAGUAUGAGUCCCCAUACCACCACACAGCGGCCACACUCCAUUACAACCUCAACACCAGGACAGAUAGAGGAUUUGUUUGGAAAGAGAGGAAACUUCCGCAGAUCUUCAGCCCGUGCCACAAUUGGCCAUGCAAAUGAACGUCGUAUCAACAUUACUCCAAUCAAACCACCUCAAAUUAGACUUAAAGCCCUACCGUUUGAGGUACCCCACAAUGAAGGAAAAGCUUUGUUUGUUGGAAGGGAAUGGCUGUUCAAGGAUAUAGAAAUGGCCCUCAACAGUGAGCCAACCACAAACAGGGUGAGGGGUGUGGUCCUGACUGGGGGUAUAGGGGCAGGGAAAACGGCCAUUGUAGAACAACUAGUGGACUGCAGCGUCUUCACUGAUGGCAGGAGUGGACUCAUAGAAGGAAGUGAACACAAGAUAAACAGGGAUCGCAUGGUGUACAAUGGUCUAACGAAUUACAGUCCAAAGUCCACUCUGUCUCAUGGUCUCAGUGCAUCCUCCUCCAACUUGACGUACAACAGCCUGAGGAGCCUGGGAUCACAAAUUGUGGCUUUCCACUACUGUCAGGCCGACAACAACAUUACGUGCCUGGUGCCCGAGUUUGUCCACAGCCUAGCAGCCCGUCUGACGCAGGCACCACAGCUUGCUGCCUAUCACGAGCUGAUCCUACAAGAUCCACAACUACAACAUGUGCUCAGUCUGAAGGAAUGUGUACAGGACCCAUCCAGUGCUUUCAUUAAAGGAGUCCUAGAACCUUUGGAGAUGUUGAAGGAAAGUGGGAAAAUUACGUCAGACAGUUGUGUGGUUGUGAUAGACUCUUUAAAUGAAGCAGAGUUUCAUAAGCCUGAUUAUGGAGACACUGUGGCCUCGUUUCUGUGUCGACAUGUAGAACAAUUCCCCCAGUGGCUGAAGUUGAUUUUAACUGUGCAUUCUUCUUUGGUGGAUAUAACGAAAGAUCUUUAUUUCAACACAAUUUGUAUCGACCGUGACCAAAGCAAUGAUUUGAUAGGCAAGGACCUCAUAGAUUAUGUGAACCACAGAAUUGAAACCAACCCAAGCAUUGGAAACAAUAUAUCUCUGAAUGGCAAAAUGGAACAAUCUGCACAAGUCAAAUUCUGUCAUCAUCUACAAACACUGAGCAAAGGGUCCUUCUUGUUCUGCAAGAUGACCUUAGACUUAAUCGAAAGAGGACAUCUGGUGCUUAAAAGUUCAAAUUACAAAAUUUUACCCAUGAAUAUCUCUGAAGUGUUUCUAUUACAUUUCAACUUGAAAUUCCAAAGUGUGAGAUCUUUUGAGAAAGUUUCUCCGAUUUUGGCUGUGUGUCUGGCCACGCUUUAUCCUAUGAACCUGGAGGAAAUUUAUGACACCAUAAACUCUGGUUAUACAGAGCACUUCCUGUCUUGGGAAGAGUUUACCCUGAGGAUGAACAUGCUGCAGGGAUUUCUGUAUCUCCGUAAAGACUCCACCUACAUGUUCUUCCACCCUGCUUUUAGGGAGUGGUUAAUUCGCCGUGAUGAGGCAGAUAAUCCAAAGUUUCUCUGUGAUCUUCGUGGUGCCGAAUUUGACCCAAGACUUGGCCAUGCUCUCAUGUCUUUCAAGCUGUCUAGGAUAUCUGCCCCUCUCAAUGCAGAUAAGACCAUAGAACUAGGGCAUCACAUACUGAAGGCCCACAUCUACAAGAAUGUUAGCAAGCAGCGCGGCUACUCCUCACGUGACAUGCAGGCCUAUUGGAUGGCUCUCAGCUCUGAGAGCCUCAGUGUUGCCUUUUCCUCUCAUCGAAACCUCUUUUCUCCUAAUGUCAAGGUCAGUCGGUUGAUUUUGCUGUCCGGUGCGAACCCCAACACUAGGACCCCAUACCAGAACAACUCCCCGGUCCUCUGUGUGGCUGCCAAGGAGGGGUUCACAGACAUGGUGUCGCUCCUUCUAGAAUUCAGUGCCAGCGUGGAUGCCGUAUCAGAGAGUGGCAUGUCGGCGCUGUGUUACGCGGCUAGUGCAGGGCACACGGAAAUCUUACGAAUGCUGUGCCAGAGGAAUGCAAGGUUGUCCCAUGUGGAUAAGAGUGGUCAGUGCCCAGCUGUUCAUGCAGCCAUGCAUGGUCACUUAGAUGCCCUCAUCUACCUUCUUCAGUGUGAUUGGUCAGAAUAUGAUGGUCAAUUAACCAAGGUGGAGGCUAUGCAACAGGCCAUGGUGGCUUCUGCUGCCACAGGUCAUGUCAAUAUCAUUGACUUCUUACUACAUAACUACUCUGCAACCACUGAUGGGUUUGGAAUCAACUACUGUGAUACAUUGCUGGGAGACACAGCCUUGACUGCCUCCUGUUGGCAUGGCCACAAAGAUGUGGUGUUGUUCCUGAUAGACCAAGGGGCCAGUCUACACCAACCCAACAACAAGACCCUGACCCCCCUCCUGUGUGCAGUGGACGCUGGUCACUGGGAUGUGGCUGACCUACUUCUAGGCAUGGGGUCCUCUCUAGAACAGACAGACAAGCAUGGACGAACGCCUUUAAUGAUAGCAGCCUACAAAGGCCACAUCGGGGUACUGGAGAUGCUGUUAGCAAGAGGAGGCUCCCUGCAUCAGGUGGAUAAGGAAGGAUUGACUGCUCUCUGCUGGGCCUGUCUGAAGGGGCACCAUCACAUCAUACAGACCUUACUGGACAAGGGAGCUAACCUCCAUCAUGUGGACAGAAGGGGAAGAACUCCUCUCCAAUUGGCAGCAUUCCAUGGUGAUGCACAAGUGGUGCAAGCUUUGAUUGAGAGGGGGGGUCAGAUAGAGCAUGCGGACCAGAAUGGAAUGAGGGCACUCGAUCGAGCCAUUGACAGGAGGAAUACAGCAGUGGUGGUCUGUUUCCUGAAGAAGGGCGCAAAGUUGGGACAGACCACCUGGGCAGUGGCGGCUGGAAAACCAGAUGUGCUGUUACUACUACUGAACAAAUUAAUGGAGGAUGGAAAUGUCCUGUACAAGAAAAAUCGUAUUCGAGAGGCAGCUCAGCGAUACCAGUAUGCCCUGAAGAAAUUCCCGGACGAUGGACCCGUGGAGGACACCCGCACAUUCAAAGACCUGAAGUUGAAUUUGCUUCUCAAUCUCUCCCGCUGCAAGCGCAAACUGAAUGACUGUCCUUCAGCGAUUGAGCUGGCCACACAAGCAUUGCAUAUAAAAAGUAGAUGUUUCGAGGCAUACUAUGCAAGAGCUAGAGCCAAGCGAGAUGACAGGCAAUUUUCAUCAGCAGUCGAAGAUUUAAAAGAAGCAUUGAAGUUGGCUCCAAAUAAUCGUGAGCUGCAGAGAUUGCUUACGAGGGUUCGAGACGAAUGCACUGAGCAGGCUCGAUAUGAGAACAUGCAGGGAAGUAGAUCCAGUCUGCUGGACCAGGGAGAGAGGCGAGCAGAGGAAACAGCACUGUAGAGGAAGAACAUCUGUUUGAGCACAGUAUAGGAGAAAACAAUGAUAAUUAUCAUGAUGUUUAAACAAAACAGUUAUGAAAUAUGUCAAUUUUUAUUUGUGUGAAAGAACAAGCAAAACUGCAUAGCAACUAACAUUUUGUUUUGCACCAAUUGUUUGAACAAAAGAUUCUGUGAGCUGUAUUGGUUGUGGCAGAUUAAUGAUAAAAAGCUUGUUUUACCCAAGAGUGCUUUUGGUCAUCUAGUAUAUAUGCAUUUAAAAUGCUUUAAAAACUGUUAUUAUUGUGUAUGAAAGAAAUGGCAUCAUCACAUAGUGUUUUUAUGUAUCAGUCAGAACAUACAGUUUGUAAUUAUUACUGGAGGUUUACUACAAUUGUUUAACUCCUCAUAAACAUUUCAUUGCUUGAGUGAAAUGUUUCCAUGAUGAAAGAAGAGAUAAUGGGGGACAACUCUUACACGAACUGUUUAGAAUGUGUUUGAUGGAUAUGCCUGCAUGCUCAUGUGUUUGUUAACCCCAGUGUCUCAGGAACUAGAGGAAGCAUUCCAGUAGGUUUCCAUUGUCUUGUUAUAUCAUUUUUCAUCUUCCAAUACAUGUACAUGUUCUUUCGUUGAUUCUGUGAGUAUUUAAAGAAAGGUGUAUAUAGUGUAUAAUGAACACAUCAAUUGUAGCAUUUAUAAUUUAAAAUCUUCAUUCAUCUCUUUGCCAUGAACAAGUGCAAUUAAUUUUAGUGGAUAUGCCAACAAUUGUUGUCAUUUUUUAUUGAUAAUAAAAAAGAAAUCCUG